AUGGCCGCCUCUAUGGAUGACCUGGUCUCGACGCUCAACGGCAGUAUGCACGUCGGGCAGCAGGCCGCCGACCUCAAGGAACUUCACGCAGCCCUCGCGCAGACGCUCCAGCAGCCGCGCGUCGCGCAGACCCAGCGCCCCAUUCCACCGACGACCAAGCUUGGUCCGCACAGUGACGGUCCCGUCCCUCCUCCAGCGCCAGUGUCAUCGUGGAACGACGCCGUGAGCCCCCAACCCAUCCACCUGUUGAGCGGCAAUAACUGGACUGGCGGAAUGGGCAAUUCGCCCCGUCAGGUAACCACCGCCAUACAGCAGGCGCCUAUCAACAACGUGCAGUUCACCGGCAAGCGCACGACAGGCUUUACGCCGCCCCCUCCUUCCGAGAAGCGUCCUCACCAUGACGACGUGCUCCCCAACAACGCAAGCCCACGCGAGACGACAGGUUUUGCCCAGGACGCCUUCCGGCCUCUAUGGGACAAGCAGCCUCAGUCGCCAUACCAUGGCUUUGCGCGAUAG